AGAACGCUGGAGAAGAUGUUGCCUCAGGUUCAUGGUUUCCAAGGUGCCAUGAUGACUGGAUGACAAAAUGGUGGACGAUGAUCUUGAGGCUACCGCAUAGGUUGCACAGCGACUGAGAGACAAUCAGACAACACAACCGUCAGACGCUGGAGACAUGGUUGGCGUACCAGACGGCUACCUUCGCGAAGUGUUGCUAUGCUUCCUCGCGAUCGAGACUCGUGGUUUUCCUCAUUGCUUGAUGACAUGCUGCGAAAGGUGCGGUACGAUUGACAGGAUCAGCCAACAUGGGUACAUGUUUACUGUCACGUGUGUAAUCGAAGGAGCGAAGCCACAGGUACCUCGAGGCCAAGGCAUGCCUGUCGGACGCGCCUGCCAUACCUGGAUACUUCGAACCACCUGAGCACCUGCGAUUGGCCAGAAGUCUUCAACCUCCAUGCCCCCACGGGGUGUAGGUGCAUUCUGUUGUCAAAAAGGCAU